AUGUCGGCCUCAUCAUCAACGACACCACCUCCGGCACCCGUCGAGCAAGGGCAGCAUAGCCCCGCAGAGACAAGCACCGCAACGGCCCCCGUCUUCAAGAAGCGAACCCGAACGGGCAAGGUGGGCCGCAUCGGCCUCUCGUCGUCGUCGUCGUCGUCGUCGUCACCAGCCAUCGCCACUUCCGCUGCACACGGCCCAUCACCAACGUCGGCAUCACCACCAUCAGCGACAGCUCCUCCGAAACACGACGACGCCACCGCCCCCGCUCCCUCGACCGCGGGGCACGACCAACCAGAGGGUGGUCCGCAUCACGGCGACAGCAACGACGCCGACAAAGACAACGCCGCCGCCGACCAGGACGAAGACUCGACGCCCAUCUCGGACCUCAUCACGCUCCGCCAGUUCACGCGGCGCCCGACGGGGAUAGCCCUCGACCGGCUCAACGUCGGCGACGUGGCGGCCAAAAAGAAGAAAAAGAAAAAGACGCACGCCGAAAUGACAAAAGAGGAGCGCUGGGAGGAACAGAUGCGCCGCGGCGGGCUCGUAUCCCACCCCAUGGCCGGCGGCGACGACGACGGAGACGCGGCGGCGGCAGACACCGACGAGCAGCAGGGCGCAAAGCGGCUCCUCCGCAAGGACAACUUCCAGACCGAGACGGGCACCGUCGACGUCGACAAGCACAUGAUGGCCUACAUCGAGUCGGAGCUGGCAAAGCGGCGACACCCUUCCGCCGGCGGUGCCGCCCAGGACGCGUCGUCGUCAACCUCCUCCUCGGCGACGACCACCGUCACCUCGUCGGCCUCGACGUCGGCAUCGACGCUCCAGAUCAGCCAGGACGACCUGUACCGCCUCUCGGAAAAGUACCGCGCGCUGCAGCGCUCGGCGCGCGAGCUGACGGGCAAGGUGGAAAAGACGCAGGAGGAGCAGGAGGGCAACGUCACCCUCUCGACGGCCAUGCUCAGCAGCAUCCCCGAAAUCGACCUCGGCAUCGACGCAAAGAUGCGCAACAUUGAAAAGACCGAGCGCGCCAAGCGCGACCUCGCCGGCAAGACGGAUGAGCGAGACGACCGAGAUGAAAGCUACGCCGCAGCUCGGUUCUUUCGACCGUCGUACAACCGCACGCGGACCGAUGCCGAGGCGUCGCAGCGUCGUGGCGAUCAACAGGGUGCCGGUGCCGGUGCCGGUGCGUCGAGGAGCAACAGGAGGGAGAUGGCGUCCGACCAGUUCGUCCUGGACCGCUUCAAGAAGCGCCAGCGCAACUUUCGGUAG